GCAUUUCCUCAAGAUGAUACUAUUUUGUUUCCAUCGCGCGAUUGGUUCUCUAUUUGUGAUGAAAAAGAUAUUAUGGAUAUUGAUAUUAAGUUUGCUCGAAACGUUCUUUAUCAGAUACAACAAAUUAUAGAUGAUACGGACAUUAAGUUGUGCUACCUGGCGGUUGAGCGCCUUCACGAUACAUCAAGUGGGCGCCAUUCUGCGAAAAGUAUUAUUAAGCGUGAUACUAUGAAUCUCACACUUUGGAACGGUUAUGCACAGAUAGAAAGAUCAUCGAAUAGAAUUUCAGAGGCGCGUAAAGUAUAUUUGGGAGCGCUCGGCCGGUAUCGUUCGUUUCCCGAACACUUUCGCAAUAAUGCACCAUUAUUACAUCUUUCGUUUGCUGAAAUGGAGCUAGAACAAGGAAGGCAUAAAACCGCGAUAAAUAUUCUUGUAAAUUUGUCUGAAGAACAAGGGUCUAUAGAUUCAAUAUCUGAGACUGAUGUUCCAGUCACAAAAUUAUUGAGAGCAAGAAAGUACUACGCUCAACAAAUUGCAAGGAUAACAUUUUCCUCAACGUCAAAAGAUGAUUCGAGUAAUUUUUUGCAUUAUUGUGUGUGCUACGCAUUAUUGGAAUGCCUAAGUCAGAACUUGCAACAAGCAAGCAAAGUGUUUGAAGAAAUUUUACAAGAUUUGGACAUUAGGAUCGGAAAUAUGAAUAUGAUCUAUCGGCAUUCUUCCUUACCUUAUUUCCGUGAGUCGGGUGACGACUCCGGUGAAUUGUUGCAAGAUGUACUUAACAGGGCUCUGAAAUUGUUUCCUAAUAAUACCGUGUUUUUAUCUUUGUAUUUUCACGAAGAAGUUUGCGGAAAGAUACCGCUUGGCUUUCAAGCAUUUUUAAAAGGGGCUUUACACAAAGACCCAAGUCAUAUUUUAUGGACUGUCGCAAUCUAUGACGAAUUGCAUCGUCAACAACCAUACAAUAUUGAACGUGUAAGAUCUUUAUUCAAUAAAGCUUUAGAGUGUUCCGG